CCCACCCUCCUUGGUAUACUCUUCUUUUUUUAUUGAUAUGUAGUACAUAGCGUAUCCAAAAGUGGUAGAGAUGAAGUAAAAGAUUUUUCUUAUAAAGACGUUUCCAAAUCAAUAUUUUUUUCCCACAAUUCCAAACUAUCAAUAAACAAAUAGUUUUAUCAAAUUUGUUUUAAUGUAUAAUAGACUACUUACUUAAAGCCGCGAUUAUUUUCGAUAAUAGUAUUACCACCCUAAUCGUCUUCAAUAGGACAAAAUGAGACAUAUUGUUUUCGAAAAUUUGUUAUUAUUAUUAUACGUCGUGAAUCCGAUAAAAUGUUAUAAAAUUUUGGGGGUGGUGCCUGCGCUGCCUUACAGUCAAUUUACAUUGGGGCUCCGUUUGAUGAAGGCUUUGGCCGAUAAAGGUCAUCAAGUAACUUUCGUUAAUAGUUAUCCGCAAAAAGUGCCCCUUAAAAAUAUCAGGGAUGUAUCUACGGAGGAUAUCAAAAAAGUCUUGGAAGGUAAAACAUUUACUAAUUUAUUUAGCGACUCUUUCGCUUAUUUCGCUUACAAAUUCAAAUGCCCUUCAAUAAUCCUGACUCCUGGUUCGACUAAUUUAUUCAGUAACUAUUUAGUGGCGAAUCCUUCACCGCCUUCGUACGUUACUAAUUUAUUAGCCGAUUACGGGGCGGAUAUGAAUUUUUGGCAAAGAUUUUCAAACAUAAUUCGCGAAUUAGUCGGAGAAAUAUUCAUCCACAAUAUCUUGAUUCCAAAACAGAACCAAGUUCUUAAAGAAUUGUUCCCGGACGCUCCCGAAUUAACAUCGAUUUUGUACGACGCCAGUUUGAUUCUAGCAGCGUCCCAUUCCAGUUUCUACGAUCCGAUACCUUUGCAGCAAAACGUUAAAGAAAUCGGCGGAUACCACGUCCAACCACCCAAGCCCUUACCUAAGGAUUUACAAGAAUUUAUGGAUAAUUCACCAGAAGGUGUCGUCAUUUUUUCCAUGGGAUCAAAAUUGAAAAGCUCAGAUUUCAAUCCGGAAAAAAGGAGAGCCAUUUUGAACGCGUUUUCUAAAAUAAAACAAAAAGUUUUGUGGAAAUUUGAAGCGGAUUUGCGGGAUAAACCGAAAAAUGUAAAAAUUUCGAAUUGGUUACCGCAAUCGGAUAUUUUAGCCCAUCGAAACGUGGUAGGUUUCAUUUCGCACGGUGGACUACUGGGUACCACCGAAGCAGUAUACCACGGAGUACCCAUAUUGGGAUUACCAAUAUUUUGGGAUCAAAUUAAAAACGUUGACGUGGCGGUUUCCAAAGGAUUCGCCGUCAAAUUGGAUUUCCACAAUCUCGAUGAAAAAUCAUUCGGUGACGCUUUGAACGAAAUUUUAAAUAAUCCAACUUAUAGGGAGGCGGCAAAAGAACGUUCAUCUAUAAUGCACGAUCAGCCGAUCAAACAAAUCGACGAAGCGGUUUUUUGGUGUGAAUACGUUAUCAGACACAAGGGGGCGCAGCAUCUACGAUCGCCGGCUUUAAAUCUCCGAUGGUAUCAGUCGUACUACAUCGAUAUAAUCAUUUUUAUCAGUGUAGUUUUAAUAACUCUAUUGUUAAUUACAAGAUAUUUAUCAAUUUUUAUAUUCAAGAAAUUUUUUAUUAAAGAAAAUAACGAAAAGAAAAAUAAAUGAUUUUUUUUCGUUUGAUUUUAUUUAUCAUAAUUUAACUGUAUAUUUUGUGUGAUUUAAUAAUUAAAAUAUAUAAAAGGAUACAGAAAAUCAGAUCGAAAAAAGUGAAAAAAUGGAACUGAAAUUUGGAUUACUAAAAUGUGGGAAAAAUUUUGACUUAAUACUAGUUGUAACCAGAUUCGUUAAAAUAUUGGAAUUGUAUAAAAAAUAAUCUGCAGUUUUAGUCUUCUCGGGCCUCAUCAGUAUAUUUAUAUAAAUUUUUCAGUUUACACGAAAAAAAUUCAUUAUUUUAUGUAGAAUUUUUAUUAUGACAAGAUUUCGU